ACCGACACCUCCCUUCUCCCGGACUCCACCGCCGGGCCGCCAAUGCCCCUCUCCAUCGAUGCCGCUUCCGCCAGCGGAUCACGCACCAAACCAGCACGAAAGCGCUCCAGAACCUCGAGGAGAGCUCCCACAACCCUUCUCAACACCGACACCUCCAACUUCAGGGCCAUGGUGCAGCAGUUCACCGGCGUCCCCUCCGUCCCUUACACCACCUCUUACGUCCCCGGCGGCGGAACCACGCUCAAUUUUGGGAUCGGGUACAGCAAUCCGGUCAGCCAAUCGACCAUUCUGCCGAGCUUCGGAGUUCACGAAACUCGUCCGAAUCAGUAUCACUAUCAGCAGCAGCAGCAACAGGACGAGAGGUACAUGUUACCCCAACAGAACCAGUACAGACGUCAGCCGCAGCCUGAGGAGAUGAUCGGUUUCGGAGUGGGGAGCGGACACGUGGAGGAUGAUGGCCAUAUGGAAAACUCGAGGGAAGUUGGCAUAGGGUUGCCGGAGGAGUUUUUCAUUGAUGGGAUGGGGGGGCAGGGGAACCAGAGGACGACACCAGAGCAUAACAGAGGUGGCGGCUACUUUUUGUGA